AUGAGGACCCCCACAGGGGAAAAUCCUUUCAAACUAGUCUAUGGAAGCAAAGCAAUCAUACCUGCAGAAGUACACAUGGCUAAUCAUAGGGUGAUGAAGUAUCAAGAUGAGGAGAAUAAAGAACAACUUCAUCUUAACCUUGAUCUAAUAGACAAGGUAAGGAUGGAUGCAGAGCAGAGGAUAGCAAGGUAUAAAAACCUUAUGGCUAGACAAUAUGAUGUGAUGGUGAAACUUAAGCACUUCAACAUUGGGGGCCUCAUCCUAAAAAGGGUCUCCUUGGCAACUAGAACUCGGUCCAUGGAAAACUGGGACCUAAUUGGGAAGGACCCUACAAGGUUGUCAAUAGCAAAAGGCAAGGAUCAUACUACUUGGAAGCCCUAG